AUGCUUGCUAAAUACAAAUCAAUUACCUUUAGACGUGUUGUUGCUGACGAGGAUGAUAUAGAUGACGUGGGGAAUGUAACUCCAUUCACCACUGUCUUAGGCGGGUCGUGUUUUGCUGACUGCAAUAAACUGACAUCCCUUGCGUUGUCGACUGAUAUUGUGAUACUUGAGGCGGGGUGUCUUCCAUACAGUCUUGUGUCACUAACCCUUUCUGCUCGUCUGAAAAAAAUAUCGACUGAUGUUUUCGAUCACUGUGAUAGCUUAACACAGAUUGUUACGAUUCCACCGAACACCCCCUUUGUCGCUCGAGUCGAUUGUCAAACACAAAAGGUGUUUAAUCGCUGUGGAUGCAAAUGUUUGAACGUGAUGUUCACGUUAGAGGACCGAAUGGAGUUUGGUAAUAACAUAUCAGGGGAAGUCCAGACUAUUGCCCGAGGCACUUUCGACUGGUGCACGUUGAAGUCGAUAUCAUUGCCAGGGAAUGUGACUGCGCUCGAGACGCGUGCGUUCAAAAGAUGUUACAAACUCGAGACGAUUUCUCUUCCGGAACAUAUUGUGAUGAUAGGGAGUGAGUGCUUUGCUGACUGUCCCAAUCUGAAGACAGUCGAGUUUGGGAACAACAUCUCAUGCAUGGGGAGAAAUUUGUUUCUGAACUGUAGUAAACUCGAAAAGAUAGUGUUCGACGAGAUCACCACAACUAUCCCACUCACUAUAUUUGUGUUGAACGAAAAAGCACAAGAGAAGGGCUGGCGUGUUAAAGUCGAGAAGGCAGACGUCUCUAUAAUGAAAGAAAAGUGUGUCGAGCAGAGUGUCCAGAUCAACGAAGUGUGUAGCUCUGCGUUUGAGAACAGUGACAUCACUUGUAUCAACUUAGAAAACUGUGAAAAGGUCGAGAAGACUGCUUUUAAAGGGAGUAAACUCGCUAAAAUUGAAUUUUCAAAUCGACUGAAAGAGAUUGAUGAAUUCGCUUUUUCAUAUUGCGAUAAGUUAACGUCUAUAGUUCUGCCCUCCUCUGUCUUACAUUUGGGGAGUAACUGUUUUUUGUCAUGUGGACUGAGUCAGAUCACCGUACUUGUGAAAGAAAUACCCGUGAACUGUUUUUCUUUUUGUGAACAACUGUCGAAAGUGGAAUGCGCUAAUGUGCAGGCAGUAAGAGAUUGCGCAUUCUCAUAUUGCAAAUCACUCAAGGACAUUUCGUUGACUGCUUCAAGCAUCAUUGGUGAAGGUGUUUUCAUUGGGUGCAGCGAAUUGACGAAUGUGAGACUUUCAGACUCGGUGCUGGUCAUUCCAAAUAACAUGUUUUGUCAGUGCUCAAAACUGCAAAAUGUUAUUCUGCCCGCAUCAGUGAGUCGAAUAGGAGACUUUGUAUUUAGUCAGUGCUCCGAACUUAAUUCGAUCAUAUUCCCAACGAAGCUGGAGUACAUCGGGAAGUCGUGUUUUAACAAAUGCGAAUCAAUGACAGAAGUUGUUUUAAAUGCAGUCAAAGAACUUGGAGUAAAUUGCUUCUCGUUUUGUUCCAAUUUAGUGACGUUGGAUUUGGAGAAAUGCGAAUUGACUGAAAUACCGGAGGGAUUCUGUAAAUUGUGCACUAAACUCGAAACCGUCGUAUCCCCAAAUGGACUUACAGCUAUCAAGAAAAAUGCAUUUUCAGGGUGCGUCUCCUUGUCCAAAUUUGCUCUGCCACAAAACGUGAGUUGUGAGGGGUCUUCUUUCAAGAACGCAAACAAGAAAUUUGAUGGUUCGUCGUCGAUCGACAAAGCUGCUUUCUCAUAA